AUUCUUAACUCUAGCAAUCCUAUCAUAUUUUCAUCAUUGCCAUGGUUCAUCUAAAAAUUCACAUCAUCUUUCUAUUUUUAGCCACAUUCAGCAUCUUGUUUGAAACUUCAAAUGCUGCCUCUAUCAAUGUGGCUAGCUUUGGUGCAAAAUCUGAUGGCACACAAGACUCAACAAAACCUUUUCUAAGUGCAUGGUCUUUAGCAUGCAAAUCAAAUGAAGCAUCCACAAUUUAUGUUCCUCAAGGAAGUUUCUUGUUAAAACAAGUGAGUUUUUGGGGUCCUUGUUUGAACAAGAUUGAUUUUAAAAUUGAUGGUACUAUAGUUGCACCUUCAAAAUAUGAGUCACUUGGUAAUUCUGGAUAUUGGAUCUUGUUUAUGAAAGUUAAUUGGGUUUCAAUUUAUGGUGGAACUUUUGAUGGAAAAGGUGCUGGUUAUUGGCGGUGUAGAAAAGCUGGAAGGAGUUGUCCUGCUGCAGCAAGGUCUAUAUCAUUCAGUUGGUCCAAAAAUGUAUUGGUUAGUGGAUUAACAUCAUUAAACAGCAAGGCAAUACACAUUGCAGUGGACCAUUGCAAAAAUGUUGUAAUAAAAGAUGUGAAAAUUAGGGCUCCUAGUAGAAGUCCAAACACAGAUGGAAUAAAUGUGCAAUUUUCAACUGGAGUUACUAUAAGCCAUUCUACUAUAAUGACUGGUGAUGAUUGUAUAUCCAUAAAUCAGGGUACAACUCAUGUGUGGAUUGAUCGUAUUGCAUGUGGCCCUGGUCAUGGCAUUAGCAUUGGAAGUUUGGGCAGCGAUUCAAAUGAGGCAGGAGUUGAGAACGUGACAGUGACUGAUUCAGUGUUUACCAAAACACAAAAUGGGGUUAGAAUAAAAUCAUGGGCAAAACCAAACAAUGGAUAUGCAAGAGAUAUUAAUUUUAGGAAUCUCAUCAUGCAAAAUGUCUACUAUCCCAUCAUUAUCGAUCAAAGAUACUGCACCAAAACUGAUUGUCCUCACCAGAAUUCUGGGGUGAAGAUAAGCAGUGUAUCAUAUCAACACAUAAAGGGAACUUCAGCAAGUCCAGUAGCUAUCAAAUUUGAUUGCAGUCAAAGCAACCCAUGUUUGGGUCUCAAAUUGCAAGAUAUAAACCUCAUUUAUCUAAAAGGAUCUAAAACUUCUUCAUCUUGUAGAAAUGCUGGAGGAAGUACCCUUGGUUUAGUCAUUCCAAAAAGUUGCCUUUGAAUAAAAAAAUUUAAAUAAAAAAAAAGUUGAUUAUAAGUGUAAAUUAUCAUUCUUAAAAAUUUUCUUUGCAUUAUUGUGAAUAACAUGAAUAUUGUUUUUUAGAGGAAACUUGUGUGAUUUGAGUUCCUCAUCAAGAACUUAUAGAAUUCAUCAAUAUUGAAUUG